UGCGCGGCUACUAUAGUAUACAUUUUCUGAUAAGAAAUUUGUAGCUGUUGCAAAUGUUAUUUUCUUUUCAUUUAUUUUUGAAUUAAAAAUGCCUUAAAACUAAAUACUGUUUGCGCAAGCCGUGUGAAUUCAAGUGCCAUUAAAAUAUAAAAAUGGAGCGCCAAUCGAAAGCAAACGAAAAAGGCGUAAAAAGCGCAGCGUUUACUAAGCCAACCGUCUGAGCCAACUAAUUAGCCAUAAAAAAACAAAAAAAAAAUACAACACAAAAUCGAAUCAGACAGAAAGCCAGUCGUAGGACUUUAUUAAUGAUGUCCAACGAUGUCCAAGUAGCGCGCGUUGCCAAGAUUGGUGCCGAGCUGGCUCGCCGACAGCAGCAGAGGGAUAUCAAAGCCAUAUCAAAGGGCGGCGGCGGAGGUGUCAUGGGCGAUGACAUAGAAUUCGUCUUUGGCAGCAUAUCACCGCGAGGCGGCGGUCCCAGUGCUGCUCUAGGGCAGCACAGGCAUAUUGUGGAGUGCUUUGAGCUGGACUCGCCGGAGCACACACAGCGGGACACAAACGAAAGCGACAAUAACAUCUCCAGCUGCUCGACCCUCGACAUUGUCAACAAAGUGGAACAGUUGUCCGUGCAACAACUGGAGAAUCGAGUGCGUGAGCUAUCGCAGCGCCUGCAACAGGCUGAGCGCCAGCUCGCUGAGAGCAAUGUGGAGCGUGAUAUGUGCCACAAGCGCCUGGAGGUGGUAAGCCAAGCACACGAAUGCCGUAUCACCGAGAUGCACUGCGUCAUUGCGGAGCUGAGCAAGAAAUUGCGCAACAAACAGGAGCAUAUCAUAAUGGAAGAGCUGGAGCCGGAGGGCGAGGGCAGUGAGGUCAGCUAUCAGGAGGGUUCCAUAUAUAACUCGGAACUAAAUCUAACCAAUGCAGAGGGCGAGUGUCAAACGGAACCAUUGGAAGAUUUUGAAGGCGCAUGUUCCAGCGCGGAGAAUGUGCACGUCAAGCAACAGGAAGUCAUUAACAAGGGACAGCUGGAGGCGUUGCAGGAGGAGGUGCUGCAUCUGCGUGCACAGAUAGCACUGCUACAGGCCGAAAUGGCCACCAAGGACAAGGACUCGGCUGUCGUAGAGGAUCAACCGAAUGUCAUAUACUUUGCCUGCGAUAUGGAGGCCAAUGAGAAUGGCAACCAACUCAAUGACUUGAAUGCCUGCGUAUCCGUGACCAGUCCACAGAAGUGCGUCAAAAUGGCCGAGCGUGUGAAGCUGCGUUGCGCCAGCAAAAGUGAGUCGCAGUUGGAUUCGUCGCCCGACCAAGAGAAAGACCACACGGAGCUCAGCAAUGAGGACAUCAAUCUUGUCGAGCACUUGGUUUGCAAGCAAAACACGCUAAUGGAUAGUUUGAUGGCGCCUUUGCAACUGGAGCUGGAACGAGUCCAGCGCAAAAUGGAGCAAUUAAAGGUGCGCAAUACCUUGCUGUCACUCACCUUGGACGAGUCCAAGGAGCACACCGAGCAUCUGUAUCUGCUCUGCGGCAAAUACGAAUCGAAUGCUGUGGCACUGCAGCUGGCUCUCAAUUGCAGCGAUCGCGCCAUCGAGGCAUAUGAUGUGAUGCUGGCGUUGCUGGAGAGCAGGCUGGCCUUACUUAGCGAUAAGUCAACUGCCGCCGAGGAGAGUCGUCGUGCUGUGGAAACGGUGGCACAUCAUCUGCUGGCGCGACUGGAGAGCGAGAAGGAUCUGUGCGAGAAUAGCCUCGGUCCCUGGCAGCACAACAUGAAUCUGGGCGCAGAAAAUGUGACCAAGCACAAGCAGCAUUGGAGCAGCGACGAUGACAAUCGACUGCGUUGUCAUGUCUCAAAGCUGAAGGGUCGCCGCGCGGUCGUGCAGCAGACCAUCGUCAAUCUGGAGUCGCCAUUCAGCGAUGUGUUUGAGAAGAAGCGCUUGGCCUUGGAGAAAGAUCAGGAGCUGGACAAGGAGAAGCAAUCCCCAAUGGAUCUGGAGACGGCUGUCAUUAUGCAAGAACUGCUGGACCUACGCGAACAGAACCAACAGCUGAAGGCCAAAAAGGAGGAGGCUGAGCACGAGCAGCAGUACGCGAACGAGCGUGUGAGCAUUCUCCAUGAGGCUUUAAAACAAUUGCAGGCCAGCAAUCGGGUGUCCUACUCGGAAGCGGAGCAUGCGGCACUAACCGAGCAGCAGCUGGUCGAGGCGCUUAGCCGCGAAACGGAGCUGAAGAGUCGCAUUCAAACCCUGCUGAACAUCAAUGCCACACACAAGGCCAACGACGAGAGGUGCGAGCAAAUGCAUCAGAAUUUUCGACAAUUGCAAAAGUCCAAUGACAAUCUGAGCCAGCUGCUGGAGCAGAGCAAACGCAAAUAUCAGAUGCGCAUGAAGAAACUAGAGCAGAAGGUGGCAGACAUGCGGCUGGAGCAGGAACAGCAGCUGCAGCAGCGGCAUAGAUUGCAACACUCGGAACAUGUUCCUGAGACAACGCUGUAGAUGUUGAC